UCGACAAUUGUUUCAGGUCCUCAAUUUCGAUCUGUAACUCCACGUCUGUCGAAACAUUUUCCUUGUGCGAGCCACACUCUAAAUCUUUUGGCUUCAACCGAUUUCAACAAAAUUAUGAAUUCUUCAAGUCAGGAUAUAAAAGAUAUUCACAAAAGAUCUUUCCAAAGGCAAAAAAUCCUUCAAUUUAAUUGAAAUUUUUUAUAUUUACAUAUUUUCUUACUGCACAGAUGCACACAACUUUGGAAUAAAUGCAAUAGACCGAAAUCUGCAGAAGUAGUUAAUGGAGUGAUAAAUGCGAAUUUAAUAACUCCAUGCAUAACAAGGUGGAACUCGCUUUAUGAUUCCGUAAAUAAGUUACUGGAGCACAAAACCAAUUUAGCAGAAUUGUGUUUCCGUUUAAAAAUUCCUACCAUUCUCAGUGGUGAGCUUGAGUACUUAGAGGAAUACGUAAAGCUUAUGAGACCUAUUGCAGAAGCAAUCGAUUUCCUUCAGGGUGAAAAGACCAUGUAUUUUGGUUAUUUCAUACCCACUAUAGUGUCCUUAAGUAUAAAAAUGCGUCGUUUGGAGCCUAAAAGUUUGAAGUAUUUAACCGAAAGUAGCAAAAAAAUGCAUGAAGCUUUGCUUAAAAGAUUUGAAAAGUACUUCCUGAUUCAGCCUGACGCUUGGGAUGCUGUUAUUGCCGCUAUUUCUGUCCCUGACAUUAAGUUGCGAUUUGUGAAAGCUCUUUUAGAAACAGCUAAAACGCAAACAGAAGAGGAAGUUAAAAAAAUGUUCAACACUUAUGUGGUCAAGUAUGGAAAAGUAGCCUGUGCCAAAACUCGUAUUCUACCUCAACCACCUCAAAAAACAUUUUUUGACUUCGGGGAUGAAAGUAAUGAUAUUAGCAUACAAUGUGGUUCCACUGACUCGGAAAAUUAUCUGCAAGAAACGCUAUUAUACCUGGCCGAACGAGAAGAAACAACAAGUUGCCUAAAUAAAUAUCAGGCUAUUAAAAACGUAUUUUUAAAAUAUAAUACCCCAUUACCGUCAUCUGCACCUGUAGAACGGUUGUUUUCAUUCGCUGGAAUUGUAAAUCAGUCUAGAAGGCAAAAACUCAGCGAUGCAAAUUUUGAAAUGCUUGUGUUAAGAAAGGCUAAUAGCUAAUAGCAAAUAAAAUUAUAUUAA